CAUUCAGACAAAACAACACGAACCAUCCAAUUUUUUUCAUCUCUCUCCUCUCUUUUCAGACAACGCCUGACUGCUGCUCCUUCCGGUAAACUCUUCGCCGUCAAGACUGGAAGAAGAAGAAGAUUCAUAUGGGUUUCCUUGUAGCCGCCAUUAAUGUUCCUCCUCCUACAUUGAUCCAUCAACAAGUGAAAUCGAAUAAGCAUGGUUGUAGUAAAGAAGAAAAGAUUCAAGAGAGAUGUUUGUUUGCUCGUCGUGGUUUCUUGCACUGUGUUGGUGGUGCUUCGUUGAUGGCCACACUUGAGUUCUCUGGAUUACAAGCUGCUCAAGCAGAGGAUGUAGAGAGAGAAGGAGUUGUUGGUGCUUUCAAGUCUUUGUUUGAUCCUAACGAGAGAACAAAAUCUGGCAAAGAGCUACCGAAAGCUUACUUGAAAUCUGCAAGGGAGGUUGUGAAAACGAUGAGGGAGUCUCUUAAAGAAAACCCAAAAGACAAUGCUAAGUUUAGAAGAAGCGCUGACUCCGCCAAGGAGUCGAUUCGUGAUUACUUGAGCAACUGGAGAGGGCAGGAGAGUGUAGCUGGAGAAGAAUCUUACGCGGAGCUGGAGAAAGUCAUCCGAGCUCUGGCGACGUUUUACUCGAAGGCGGGACCUUCUGCACCUCUUCCUGACGAGGUUAAGACUGAGAUUUUGGAUGAUCUUAAUAGAGCUGAAGAGUUUUUGUGACAGCUUUCUCUCUUAUCAGAUCCUGCAGCUAUGUAUUGAUGCUUACACAUACAAGUCUUAGUACUUGCGAAAAAAGUAACUGAAAAUUUUUGAGAUAAAAAGUAUGCAAAACUAAACACUGCUCCAAAAAUUACUAAUGGAAUGUUAUAUAUAAUACAAUGUUGCAAAUC